GCUAAUUUGGGUACUUGUUAGUACAGCUCCAACCAAGAAUACAGUACUCCAAUACAGCUCUGAAUCACGCAGCCUGUACCACGCCUGCUAGCUCCCACACAUUCAUUCUCUGUUUUCUUCUCUGCUUUGCGAUCGAUCGAUAUUCGAUGGGCGUGCUCUUCUCGUGCCCGGUGGACGAAGACGGCGACAUCCCGAGCGAAUGCGCCAGCCUCGUCUCCGCGGCCGCGCCGGUCCUCAAGGCCUCGCUCAGCUCCGCCGGCAAGCUCCGGAUCGAGGGCUCCCUCAGCUUCAAGAAGCGCGAACAGCAACAGCAGAGCUCGCCCCAGCUCGAGACCAAGAUCUCUACGGUCAUCCCGUCCAACUCCGGCGCCCCCGCCGCCGCCAUAGCCGCGCCGGUGCCGAUGCCGACGCCGAGGGAGCUCCUGCGGAGGCGGUUCGCGGCGGCGGCCAUGGCGGAGACGGCGGAGGGCCCGAAGCAGCAGCAGCGGCAGGAGGAGGAGGAGGAGGCGGCGGUGAGGGUGCAGAAGGUGUACAAGAGCUUCCGGACGCGGCGGCGGCUGGCGGACUGCGCCGUGCUGGUGGAGCAGAGCUGGUGGGAGCUGCUCGACUUCGCGCUGCUCAGGCGCAGCUCCGUCUCCUUCUUCGACAUCCACAGGCCCGAGUCCGCCGUGUCCAAGUGGGCCCGCGCCGGGACCAGGGCCGCCAAGGUCGGCAAGGGGCUCUCCAAGGACGACAAGGCCCGGAAGCUCGCGCUGCAGCACUGGCUCGAAGCCAUCGACCCGCGGCACCGGUACGGCCAUAACCUGCACUACUACUACGACUGCUGGCUGCGCUGUGAAAGCAAGGAGCCGUUCUUCUACUGGCUCGAUGUCGGAGAAGGCAAGGAGAUCAACCUCGAGGACCGGUGCGCGCGGUCCAAGCUUCUCAGCCAGUGCAUCAAGUAUCUUGGUCCGAAAGAAAGAGAGGACUACGAGGUUGUGAUCCAGGACGGCGAGUUCAUGUACAAGAAUAGCCGGCAGAUCGUCGAUACUUCCGGUGGAUCGAGGGACGCGAAGUGGAUCUUUGUGCUGAGCACUUCCAGGAACCUGUAUGUUGGCCAGAAGAAGAAGGGUACAUUUCAGCAUUCCAGCUUUCUCGCUGGAGGUGCGACAUCUGCCGCCGGUCGACUAGUUGUCGAAGAUGGAAUUCUCAAGGCUAUCUGGCCACACAGCGGGCACUACCGGCCGACAGAGGAGAACUUCCAGGAAUUCCAGAGCUUCCUCAAAGAGAACAAUGUCGAUCUCAGCGACGUCAAGAUGAGCCCAACCGAGGAGGACGAGGAGUUCUGGAGCAGGCUCAGGAGCAUCCCUUUGGACCGGUGCACCGAUGCCGAAAACCCCAAAGAAGAACAAGAAGUUAGUCCUUUUGAAGAAACCAUCAUCUGCCAAGCACCUCAGAUCACUGAAACCACACAUGAAGCGCUCGAAACAUCCCCGAGGCUAGGUUCAUCUGAAGGAGACGCCGAAACACCGACGACCAGUGCGCCUGAAGAUCAUGAGGAAGAAGAGAGUAUUCAGUCAGCUGUGGCAAGGGAGAAUAAGGUCCUGGAGAGGAAGGCGUCGUACCAGCUGCUGGGGAAGCAGCCGUCCUUCAAGUGGACCACGGGCGCCGGGCCCCGGAUCGUGUGCGUCAGGGACUGCCCCCCGGAGCUCCAGCACCGGGCGCUGGAGGAAGUCCACCUGUCACCGAGGAGCGGCGGUGGGAGGGCGGCGUCGCGGUUCGCGUCGCCGCAGAGGGCCGGCGGCGGCGGCGGCCCGAUGUCGAGAGGGUGCGAGCCGCUGACGCCGAGGGCGAGGGAGGCGUUCCGGACGACGCAUCUGCAGCUGAUUUGGUGAGUGAGAUCGCCGUUGAUGUGUUCGGAACACGAUGGAUUUGAGCGAGCUGUUUAAGUUGUUCGUUCGAUUGUGCAUACGGGUAGGAGAAGAAUAAAGGGAGUAAAAGUACUCCUGUGUAGAUCUUGUAGGUCAUGUAUACGUGAUGUUUGCUGGACGGGAUGCAAAGAUGAAUACAAAUUCUUUCAUUUUUGUAGUUUCUA